AUGACAAAACCGACCACUGAGAUUGCCAGGCUUUACUUGCGCCCAGGAUCUAACAUGCCAGAUCCUGGGUCGGAAGCAAGUGUCAUUUGGAAAGAAUCUGUCACAACCUUGAGCACCAUGGAAGGGUUCCAAGCCUCUCUAUUCAGUGUUGACAGCAAGGACAGUGACAUCUUUCUACAAUUUCUAGAUUGGGAUAGUCUCGCAGCCCACGAGGCCGUGAUGAACUCGCCCGCGUACGGGCCCUUCCUGGAGCGGGUCGGAGUCAUUAUGGCACGCUUUCCAGACUUGAACCACGUUCAGUUCUCAGUCUACGGCAAGGAUGGCAUCGAGCAGUCGGUAGCUCCGUGCACGGCGCUCAAGAACACAUACACUGUGGUCGAGAAAUUCUACUUCCCAGCAAGUAUUGACACGGCCGCGGUGGAGGCAGCGAGGGCUUCCCUGGUGCGAGGAGCAAGUCAGUUGCCAGCGUUCAAGGUUGCCGCCUGCGGGUGGCUUAUGGAGGAGGUGGAACACCCUGCUGUGGGGGGACCGGGAAGGGUCCAGCUUCUCGCUAUUGGCUUUGAUAAUGCUCAGAGCGCCGAGUCUUUUCGUCUUAGCCAGGAUCGCAGGGAGACACUGCGUGACGUGGGCGCAAAGGCGGAUGAGUCUUGGGUUGCGCAUUUUCUCGAGCCCGUCCCACCUAGCAAGGGAAAAGCUUAG